AUCGGUUCCUCUUCUUUUUCGCAUCAGCUGUUCACCGGCACAAGAAAUAAAGUUUUAAGAAGACAAAUAAUUUAAAAUUUGUGGUAAUUAAAAUGAGUGAGAAAGUAAAAUUAACAAAAUUCAGUACAUUGCGUGGGUGAGGUUGUAAGAUUAGUCAGGAAGUUUUAAAUAAGCUUCUUGACAAAGUCUACGACGACAAAAAUGAUACACAUAAUGCUGAUUCAAUAGGAAUUGGCCUAGAUUCUUCGAUAAUACCAUUAAAAAACAACAAUUUAUACCUCGUACAAUCAGUAGAUUUCUUCUAUCCACUUCUAGAUGAUGCAUUUACAAUGGUCACAGAAAAAUAAAAAUACAUUUUUGACAUCAUUGAAGAAUGAGCCUAAAGAACAGAGUUCGAAUGGCUUUUAAGUAAGUUCAAGUACCAAAAAAUGUGUAUGAACUUCUUAUCUUAUCAAUGCCUAUCUAUGCCUUAAAUUGUUCAUAACUGGAAAUUUAUUACAGGUAAAAUAGCAUUUGCUAACGUAGUAAGUGACAUUUAUUCAUGCGGCGUCGAGGAGAUAGAUGAGCUUAAGAUAGUUUUGAGCAUGCCCGAAGAGCUAAAUGACGAUGAACGACAACAGGUGGCUGAUGAUAUUGUCAGUGGCUUUCGGGAUAGUGCUAAAUUGGUUAAAUGUCGUCUCACAAUUGAAAGGAUCAACAUUAAUCCUUGGUGUAUGAUUGGAGGAAUUGCCAGUUCUGUGUGCACAAAAGAUGAAAUUGUAUUUCCAACUAAAGCAGCUUCUGGUGAUGCCUUGAUCCUUACAAAGCCACUUGGUGUUCAGUUGGCAACAAAUGCUCCAAUUUGGAUGGCUGAAGAUAAUGAAAACUGGAAGAAGUUGAGCCAGCAUUUAAGUCCAGAGGACAUCGAUGAAGCAUAUCAAAAAGCAAUCAAAUCAAUGUCGACGUUAAAUUAUCUUGGUGCUAAAUUAAUGCAAAAAUACAAAGCUCAUUGCUGUACAGACGUCACUGGAUUUGGAAUUGUUGGACAUUGUGAAAAUCUCUUGCUUUUUCAAGAAAAUGACGUUGAUUUUGUCUUAACGCACAUGCCACUGAUUAAACAUGUCAAGAAAAUGUCAGAAGUCCUUAAUAGAGAGCAGAAAAUGAUGAAUGGAAGGAUGGUCGAAACAUCUGGUGGACUGCUUAUAGCUUUGCCCUCAGAAAAUGCAGAAAAUUAUUGCAAAGAUUUCUUGGAAAUGUCCGGUGACGAAUGUUGGAUUGUUGGACGAGUUGUAAGUGGCAAUAAGAAAACUAUUUUAGAAAAUGUUGAAAUUAUUGAGGUAUAAAUAUUUUUUAUUGUUUUUUAAUGGUGUUAAUUGAUGUGGUUUUGAAGCUGAUAAUUUAACGGUUGUUCUGAAUUUCAAAAAAUAACGAAUUUUCAAAAUUUAAUUAUCUUAACGAAAAAACUGAAC